UUUAGCAAAGCUAAAAUGUUCUUUAAGUGUAUAAUUUUAUUAUCGAUUGCCGUCCUGGUUUUUGCUGCCCAAAUUCCUAGGCCAGAGGAAAGAAUUAUUGGAGGCCAUUAUAUUCCCAUCGAAUAUGUUCCUUGGCAAGUGUCAUUGUUAAAUAAUAUGGUACUCCGCUGCGGUGGAAGUAUACUUAGCGAUCGGGUUAUCCUUACUGCUGCUCAUUGUGUUUUUAACGUAACGAUUGAGGAUUUAUCGGUUCGCGCUGGAUCAUCGCAUUGGGGAAAAGAUGGUCAAGUGGUGAAGGUUCUGAAAGCCAUACCCCAUGAGCAAUAUUGUCACUCUUGCUCUGUUAACGACGUUGCUGUGCUGAUUUUGGAAUCACCCCUCAAGUUCAGUGCUGAUGUACAGAACAUAGCUCUAGCUGAAAAACCUUCUCAGGCUGGAAAUAUUACCUUGGUCUCCGGAUGGGGAGUUACUCUCGAAGGCGCAAAUUUCUCUUGGCCCAUUCUGCAAGGCGUCCAUGUGACUAUAAUUGAUCCCACUGAUUGUAAGAGAUCUCAUGGUGAGGACGUUAUUUGUGCCGACGCUGUUGAAAGGGACGUAUGUAACGGCGAUUCCGGCGGACCUUUGGUUAGCUUACCGGAUCGAAAGCUCAUUGGCAUAGUUUCCUGGGGAGAUGGCUGUGCACAGAAAAACCCUGGAGUCUAUGCAGAUGUUGUUUUCUUCCGCAACUGGUUCAAUAGUACAAUUAACAAGAACCUCAACUAAAAUACCGACGAAUGUUAAAUAUGAAUGUGUACACAAACAAAAUGGGAAGUCUCUAUCUUCUC